AUGUAUGAUGUUAAAGGUGGUUCUCGUGCUGUUAUUUUCGAUAGAUUAAGUGGUGUUCAACAAUCUGUUGUUGGUGAAGGUACACAUUUUUUAAUUCCAUGGUUACAAAAAGCUAUAGUAUUUGAUGUUAGAACAAAACCAAGAACUAUUGCUUCAAAUACUGGUACUAAAGAUUUACAAAUGGUUUCAUUAAGUUUAAGAGUUUUACAUCGUCCUGAAGUUGGGAAUUUACCUUUAAUUUAUCAAAAUUUAGGUUUAGAUUAUGAUGAAAGAGUAUUACCUUCAAUUGGUAAUGAAGUUUUAAAAUCUAUUGUUGCUCAAUUUGAUGCAGCUGAAUUAAUCACUCAAAGAGAAGUUGUUAGUGCAAGAAUUAGACAAGAAUUAAGUGAACGUGCAAAAGAAUUUAAUAUUAGAUUAGAAGAUGUUUCAAUAACUCAUUUAACUUUUGGUAGAGAAUUUACUAAAGCUGUUGAACAAAAACAAAUUGCUCAACAAGAUGCUGAAAGAGCAAAAUUCGUUGUUGAUAAAGCUGAACAAGAAAGACAAGCUUCUGUUAUUAGAGCUGAAGGUGAAGCUGAAGCCGCGGAUUAUAUUUCAAAAGCUUUAAAUAAAGCUGGUGAUGGGUUAUUAUUAAUUAGAAGAAUUGAAGCUUCAAAAGAUAUUGCUACAACUUUGGCUAAUUCAAGUAAUAUUACUUAUUUACCUGGUAAUCAAGCUGGUGGUAAUGGUGGUGAUAAAUCUGCUUCAAAUUCUUUAUUAUUAAAUCUUGGUCGUUAA